AAGCAAUCACUAAAAUCGCCGAUCGUUUUAUUAAAAUAAUGGCGAGAAACAAAAAGCUCGCCGAUUCUCAUCCAAUUAAUCGGGCGUUGGGGAUCUGAAAAAGCAAUUGGGAUCCCAUGGAAAGGUCACAAGCAGAGAGAGACAAAGCCCGAAACAAAUAAAGCGACGAAGCUUCAGAAACCACCAAAGUUUUGGUCCCGAUCCGUAAUUCAGAGCACCCAAGGUUGUGGUUCUGAUUCAUGAUUUAGAAAUCCGUUCAUAGUUCAAGCUUUGCAAGCAAAUCAGGAAAAAAAAGGUCGGCUAAUUAGGAGGAAAAGGUUGCCGGAAAUUGAGGAUUCCGGCCAAAUUGGUAGUUUUCCGGAAAAAAGUGCAGAAAUCUGGUUGAUUCGUUGCAGAUAAACUGAGAUUCAGCGAGAUUCCGGCGAUUCGGAGGGGAUUUAGGCCAGAAGAACGGCAAUCUAACCGUCUCUUUGAAAAAUAGGGAGACGAAGGAAGAAGAAACUUGGUUUUUCCAAAGGCAACAAGCCCACCAAUUCACUCUGAUACAAAAAUAGCCAUCAAUUUUGGUGCUUUUACCAGGAGCCUCGCUCCAAAACAAAGCAAACCCGCCAACUCUCUGUCUCUAAAACCAAAUAAUGGAGACUAAUACCGCCACCACCAAGAGAGAGGAAGACUCUCCCUCAUCAUCCCUAGAGAGAGAAAGAGAAGACUCGACCACGAAUUCCAGUACAUCCGAUGAGGGCCUCCUCAUGGGCCGCUACGAGAUGGGCAAGCUCCUGGGGUGCGGCGCCUUCGGCAAAGUGUACCAUGCCCGCGAUGCCCGCACCGGCCAGAGCGUCGCCAUUAAAGCUCUGUCGAAGCGCAAACUCAUCCGCGGUGGCCUGGCCGCCCAAACCAAGCGCGAAGUCCUCAUCAUGCGCCGCCUCCGCCACCACAACAUCGUGCGGCUCUACGAGGUCCUCGCCACACGUACCAAGAUCUUCUUUGUCAUGGAGUACGCCAAGGGAGGCGAGCUCUUUACCCGGGUGGCCAAGGGCCGGCUCAGAGAAGAUCCUGCCCGUUCAUACUUCCAGCAACUGAUCUCAGCCGUCGGGUACUGCCAUCAGAGGGGAGUCUUCCACCGGGACCUGAAGCCGGAAAACCUGCUUCUUGAUGAAAACGGUAACCUGAAAGUUUCGGAUUUUGGCCUCUCUGCCAUUUCUGAUCAAAUUCGCAGCGACGGGCUGUUGCACACGCUGUGUGGGACUCCCGCCUAUGUUGCACCUGAGAUUUUGGCGAAAAAAGGAUACGACGGCCGGAAAAUUGAUAUCUGGUCGUGCGGCAUCAUAUUAUACGUUUUAACGGCUGGUUAUCUCCCGUUUAACGACCCUAAUCUCAUGGUUAUGUACAAGAAGAUUUACAAGGGAGAUUUUCGUUGCCCUAGAUGGAUGUCUCCUGAUCUUCGACGAAUUCUUGGUCGCUUAUUAGACACUAAUCCAGAAACUAGAAUUACAGUUUCUGAGAUUAUGAAUGAUCCAUGGUUUAGUAGGGGGUUUAAGGGGCCGGUUUCUUUGCCGGAUAAGGAGUUUUUCAGUGGCCUUAAGGGCGAUUCAGAGAAGAGUCCGCUGAGUUUAAACGCAUUUGAUAUCAUAUCGUUUUCGUCUGGUUUUGAUCUGAGGGGCCUCUUCGAGGAGGACACUGGUGGGUGGUGGAGAGUGGCCUCCGAGGAGGACGCGGAGAAGGUAUUGGAGAGGGUCAAAAAAGUUGCAGAGGUGGUCAGAUUUGAGGUGAGAAAGAAGGGUUUUGCUCUCUUUUUGGAGGGAGAAAAUGGGGUCGAAAUUGGGGUCGAGAUUUUCAGGUUAACUGACAAUAUGGUGGUGGUUGAGGUGAGUAGAAUGGGUGGCGACGGCUGGAAAUACGAGGAGUUUUGCCGGAAAAGAUUAAAACCGGCAUUGGUUGACGGCCCGCAGAAUGAGGAGGUGGCUGCUGCUUCACCGGAACAUGCUGAUGUGGGCGCCGGGCACUCAACCAUGGAUCAAGUGCCCGGUAGUUAGUCGGUUUCGAUGGACGGUCGGGAUUGGACGCUGUAGAGAUCCUGGCCGUUGAUUAAAGUUGGGUUUUUGUUUUUGAUUUUUAUAUUAUUUAGCCAUUAAGACGUAAAAAAAAAAGAACUCUUGUAUUUAAAAUACACGCUUAUAUGGUGUAUAUAUUUGUAUGGUAAUACAGGUGGAUGUAAGAAUGUGACAAUAAAGGGACCAAAUCGGGUGGCUGGCCAGGAUUUUGUUUUAUUAUUUUCUGGUCAUUUCCUUAAAACUAAAUCAAGGAUUUGGGGAUUGUGUUUA